CCACAUCUCCAAAAUUUGGUCUCGGCCAUGGGACUCUUAGACAUACCAUUUGGAACGCAUCUCAGAACGCAUGGCGUAUGACUCACUGGCUACAGCAAGGGAACUCACCUGGUCAGAAGACAGUGUUUCAGAGAGCGUGUGGCAAGAGCUGGAGCAGAAAGAGCUCUUGGGGCCCAAGACUAGGAGGUGGUACCAGCACGUUUUGUUUGGUUACGUCGGCUGGCUUUGGGCCUUGGCAACCUUGUGUGUUUGCAUCUACGCAUUUGUGCACCCUCAUGUGGGCAUUGCUGCCCUUUUGGGUCCGAAGGGUGCCCGUGCUGCUCCAGCGAUGGCCUUCUUAGCCACAGUAUGUGCGAUCAGCGGGACGUCUGCGGCUGCCUCGUUGCUACAGAGCGAGGUCUUUGGGGAGUUGCUGGAGCGCUACCAGAGAGGCGGUGUACCGCAAGACUGGCAAGCACACCGCUUCGACUGUCAGUGUGAAUCCAUGAUGCAUUUGGCCAAGAAGCUUUUGGGCUAUGGAAUUCUUUUGGGUAUUCCACUCAGCCCAGCCUUCUCAUCAGAUGCAAUCUACCUUCUUGCAUGGCUGUUGCUGGUCGUCCUGAUUGCAUUUUACUUCCCUGGCUACCAUGAUAUUCUGACAGUCGUAGUGAAAUUGUGCCGAAAUCUUGUGGAGCAGAUUAUGAAAGAAAUCCGAGAUGGUCCUGAGCUCUGGACUGGCAAGGGACAGUUCUGGCAGGAAAUGACUGAGAAGCACCAGCGGAUGGAUGGUAUACUUGAGGAUACUUGGGCGCUUGCAGCGUGGGUUGUGCUACCUCGUUUGGCGGCCUUGCUUAUUUUUGGUCUAACGGGUUUGGUGGCUUGCUUGUCUGCAGUGGUGACCAGCCAGAACGGACUGAUCGCGUUUGCAGGCCUACUCCUGAUUUGUGUCAUCGUGCUAAGUAUUGCUGAACGCUUGAUGGAGAUGGCCUCCAUUACACAGAUGUGCAUGACUCCGAAGUCCAAGACUCCUGGAAUCCGGUCCUAUGCCAUUGCGAAGUCCGGACCUAGCCCAUGCAGUGAGUCUGGCCUGAAGAAUGCUGGCUAUUCCAACUUUGGAGAGGAGCGCGCAGAUCAUGCCCGGUUUCUCACCUAUCUCACCAUCAACCGGACAGGUGUAGAAAUGUUUGGCGUGCUCAUUGAUGCACAGCUCAUCGCCCGAUACCUCUUCCAAGCAACCACCAUGUUUUUGGCACUCUUCUCCUACAUGCUGGCCAACCUGGAUAUUAAGCAGAAAGACUUGAUGGGCCACGUUUACAAGACUGGUUGCUACUUCUCACAGAUGUUUCACUUCAAGGGUGAGAACUGCUAAGGGUGAGAGUUCUGCAUCGCAACAGCUGCAUGAGACUGCCAAAA